AUGGAUUCUGAAAAACAGCUAUUAGAAAAUAAAAAUUUCAUUCUUUAAUUAGAUGAAUGUUCAAUAUCAAAAUAUACAAACAUUUUUCUCAUAGGAAUCAUAGUAAUAAUUAUUUUGUCAUUUUAUUAUUACCAUUAUCGUUCUAAAUAACCUUCAUAAAAUAAAUCAACAAACAAAAAAUUAAUAUUGAUUGGACAAUCUGGUGUAGGAAAAACUAAAAUAUUUAAUAUUGCUAGUGAAAAUAAAAUUUAAAGAAAAGAAAACCAAAAUUAAACUAGUUCAUUAUAUGAAUUUAAUAUUGGAAAUAAUUUAGAAAUAGUAGAUACACCUUCAAUAGAAUUUGAGACUUCUCAUUAUUUAAGAGAAGAAAUAAUUGAAAAAUUCACUAGAUAUUUCAAAGAAAAUUUUAAUUUAAUCUAAAAAUUUUAUAUAGUUGUUAAUUUUGAAAGAACAGACAUUAUGAAAAAUAAAAUCUUGAAAACUUUAAAAUAUUUCAAGAAAUUUAAAUUCAUGAUCAACAUCAUUGUUACAUAGUUUUAAUUAAGUGAGGAUGAUGUUAAAGAUCAAUAAAAUCUAAAGGAAGGAUUUUCUCAUUUUGUUGAUAAUCCAUAAAAUAUUUAUUUCAUAAGAGAUGAUAUUCAAUGCGAGGAACUUAAAUAAUUAUUUAUUGAAACUGCUGGAGUUUUAGAUUACAAGGAUACCAUUUUUGAAGAUGUGGAUGGGGAUGAAAUUCAAUAAAACGCAGAGAAUUUAAAAUAAAUGAUAUUAGAUGGAAAAUAAUAUUUAAGUGUUCAAGCUUAAUAAUGA